GAAGUUAUGAUACUCGUCGAAGGGGUCGCUCGCUGUGGUGGAGGGAAGUGGGCGGACAUCAAGAAGCUCGAGUUUUCAUCUGUAUCAUACCGCACGGCUGUUGACUUGAAGGAUAAAUGGAGGAACCUACUCAGAGCAAGUCGUGUCCACUUUACUUCAAAGCAGCAGCAGGCGGAGCACAACAAAAAGAAACAUUUUGCAGUUUCUAUACCUCAGCCAAUUCUUGCUCGUGUACGUGAGUUAGCAGCUUUGCAGAACCAGCGUACCAGCAUGCCUGUACUAACCAGGACAAGCAGAAGUGGGAGAACACUGAGGAGAAAGUAAUGAACAGCAUCUAAUCCCACUCAGAGGCGGUUUGUACAUGUAUACACUCGAGUGCACAGGUGACAUUGUCAAACUAAAACUUCUCUUUUGUUUUUCUCUAAA